ACUACAAAUAUCACAUCAAUAGAUAUAUCUCGUGCACACUCGAACACUGUUGAAAAAAUCGCGCGCAGUGCACCCGCAAAAAAUCACUUAACCAAACAUGUUCGUGUACAGUGCCUCGAUGCUGUGGAACGCGUUGAACGAAGGCGCCACCAGAAAAAUUCUCAUAGUGUUCAUCGCGGUCCUGCUCCUGGUACGAUCCCUGCAAUCGUGGCUGGAGAGCAGGAGUCUGCCUCCGGGACCGUGGGGACUGCCGGUGCUCGGAUCCCUGCUCAAAAUUAAGGGGGACCUGCAUCUGUUCUACAGAGACUUAACGCACAAAUACGGCUCGCUGAUCUCCACUAGGCUCGGGUCGCAGUUGAUCGUGGUUCUGAGUGAUUACAAGAUGAUCAGAGAUGCUUUCCGCAAAGAGGAAUUCACCGGCAGGCCGAACACAGAGUUCACCAACAUCUUGGAAGGUUACGGUGUAAUCAAUACCCAAGGUAAACUCUGGAAAGACCAACGAAGAUUUCUUCACGAUGGUCUUCGUCAUUUCGGCAUGUCGUACCUGGGCUCGCGAAAAGCCCAAAUGGAGCGCAGGAUCGUGAGCGAAGUGGACGAUUUUCUCACCAUUCUGAAAGCAAAAAAAGGUCAAGCCAUCGAUUUGAACCCCGUGCUGGCCGUUUCGAUCUCGAACGUGAUUUGCGACGUCCUCAUGUCGGUGAAAUUCUCCCAUAAUGAUGCGAGGUUCAUCAGAUUUAUGGAACUCAUCGAAGAAGGAUUUAGACUGUUCGGCUCCUUGGAAUAUGUAUUUUUUAUUCCGAUUUUGAGAUAUUGGCCUGGACACAGCUAUACUCGUCAGAAAAUCACGAAGAAUCGAGAGGAAAUGGCUCAAUUUUUUCAAGAAACAAUUGACGAACACAGAAGGACAUUCGACCCAAGCCAUCUUCGCGAUCUUUUAGAUACUUACCUGUAUGAAAUCCAAAAAGCCAACGAAGACGGUGUAGGGGAUCACCUUUUUGAAGGAAAAAAUCACGAUCGUCAAAUGCAACAAAUAAUGGGAGAUCUAUUUUCUGCUGGUAUGGAAACGAUCAAAAGUUCCUUGCAAUGGGCUGUUCUCUUUAUGCUACACAAUCCCGAGCAUAUGAAAGCCGUCCAAGAAGAAUUGGACCAAGUUGUUGGUCGCCACAGGUUACCAAAGUUAGAAGAUCUAGCUUAUUUACCGGUUACCGAAUCCACUAUCUUGGAGGUGCUCAGAAUUUCAAGCAUAGUACCAAUGGGAACUACUCAUGCACCUAUUAGGGAUAUCAAAUUAAACGGGUUCCUAUUACCGCGCCACGCGCAGGUGGUGCCGCUAUUGCACGCCGUCCACAUGGAUCCCACUCUCUGGAAAGAGCCAGAGAAAUUUGAUCCAUCCAGAUUCAUCAACGGAGAAGGAAAAGUACACCGACCCGAAUUCUUCUUGCCUUUCGGAGUAGGUAGAAGAAUGUGCCUGGGAGAAGUACUGGCCAGGAUGGAAAUCUUUCUGUUCCUGUCAUCGUUGCUCCACUCGUUCGACGUGUGUGUACCCGAAGGUGAUACCUUGCCCAGCCUAAAGGGUAUCGUGGGUGUCACCAUCAGCCCUACUCCAUACAAAGUAUGUUUGAAGCCCAGAACGAUAGGAUGGGACAGUGAUGACGCAAACUUACGGCCAGCUGGAAGUCACUAACUUCUUGAACGGCGUUCAAGAGCACGGUCAUAGAGUGGUUCCUAAGCGAGGCACAGUACUUAAAUCAGAAUCAAACAUAAACUUUUUAUUUUCGAAACGAUCUCCGAUGCAGGUCGGCUGUGCGUUUAAAGUGUGUUCAUUUUCACCGCCCUUAGUAUUAGAUAUAUCUUAGUACAAUUGCUAGUCAGGCAUGUUCAUCAUAUUUUUACCUUGUUUACAAUUCCAUACAAGCCAUAGGUUUUACCAUUUUGACUUGAUCGUUAUUAGAAUAUUAUGUAUAUUUUGUUUUUAUUCAUAUAUAAAAAUUGAGUGGGGUUGUGAGUGCUACUUUGUUACCGAAUUUAAACCAUAUUUUUAGUUGUAGACUUUAUUUAUUGUAAAGUAAUAAGGAUGGGUUGGUUUCUUAUAGAAAUCACUAUUAUUCUCCACACAAAUCAUUUCACCCGUAUUCAUCUUCAUAUAUUUGUUAAUGUUCGCAAUUGUGCUUAAAACAAUUCCAUUUUUUAGAGAGCAAGACUUUAUUUAAAUUUUUGUUAU